UUCUGUCCCGGCAGCUUGGCGACUGUUCUGCUUUGAGCGUCUGGUGCGCCCCGCGUCCUCCCUGCCGGGGCCACCGGGCUGGGGAUGUGCGCGGCGCCCCGGAGCCAUGGUCCGCUUCGGGGACGAGCUGGGCGGCCGCUAUGGGGGCGCCGGCAGCGGGGAGAGGGCGCGGGGCGGCGGGGCCGGCGGGGCUGGUGGCCCGGGCCCCGGAGGGCUACAGCCGGGCCAGCGGGUCCUCUACAAGCAGUCCAUUGCGCAGCGCGCACGGACCAUGGCGCUGUACAAUCCCAUCCCGGUCAAGCAGAACUGCUUCACUGUCAAUCGCUCGCUCUUCGUCUUCAGCGAGGACAACGUCGUCCGCAAAUACGCCAAGCGCAUCACCGAGUGGCCUCCCUUUGAGUACAUGAUCCUGGCCACCAUCAUCGCCAACUGCAUCGUGCUGGCCCUGGAGCAGCAUCUCCCUGACGGAGACAAGACGCCCAUGUCGGAGCGCCUGGAUGACACAGAGCCCUAUUUCAUCGGCAUCUUUUGCUUUGAGGCGGGGAUCAAGAUCAUCGCGCUCGGCUUUGCUUUCCACAAGGGCUCCUACCUGCGGAAUGGCUGGAACGUCAUGGACUUCGUGGUGGUCCUCACAGGGAUCCUUGCCACAGCUGGAACUGACUUCGACCUGCGAACACUGAGGGCUGUGCGCGUGCUGAGGCCUCUGAAGCUGGUAUCGGGGAUUCCAAGUUUGCAGGUGGUGCUCAAGUCCAUCAUGAAGGCCAUGGUUCCACUGCUGCAGAUUGGGCUGCUACUCUUCUUUGCCAUCCUCAUGUUUGCCAUCAUUGGCCUCGAGUUCUACAUGGGAAAAUUCCACAAGGCCUGUUUCCCCAACAGCACAGAUGCAGAUCCUGUGGGUGACUUCCCCUGUGGCAAGGAGGCCCCUGCCCGGCUGUGUGAGGGUGACACCGAGUGCCGGGAGUAUUGGCCAGGACCCAACUUUGGUAUCACCAACUUUGAUAACAUCCUGUUUGCCAUCUUGACAGUGUUCCAGUGCAUCACCAUGGAGGGCUGGACUGACAUCCUCUACAAUACAAAUGAUGCAGCUGGAAACACCUGGAACUGGCUCUACUUCAUCCCCCUCAUCAUCAUCGGCUCCUUCUUCAUGCUCAACCUUGUGCUGGGUGUGCUCUCAGGGGAGUUCGCCAAGGAGCGAGAGCGGGUGGAGAACCGCCGUGCCUUCCUGAAGCUCCGCCGGCAGCAGCAGAUCGAGCGGGAGCUCAAUGGGUACCUGGAGUGGAUCUUCAAGGCUGAGGAAGUCAUGCUGGCAGAGGAGGACAAGAAUGCAGAGGAGAAGUCCCCUUUGGAUGCCGUGUUGAAGAGAGCCGCCACCAAGAAGAGCCGCCACGACCUGAUCCACGCUGAGGAGGGGGAGGACCGGCUUGCAGACCUCUGUGCCGUGGGGUCCCCCUUUGCCCGUGCCAGCCUCAAAAGUGGGAAGACAGAGAGUUCAUCGUAUUUCCGGAGGAAGGAGAAGAUGUUCCGGUUCUUCAUCCGGCGCAUGGUGAAGGCGCAAAGCUUCUACUGGGUGGUGCUGUGUGUGGUGGCUCUGAACACACUCUGUGUGGCCAUGGUGCACUACAACCAGCCGCAGCGGCUCACCACAGCUCUGUACUUUGCAGAGUUUGUUUUCCUGGGUCUCUUCCUCACAGAGAUGUCCCUGAAGAUGUAUGGCCUGGGGCCCAGAAGCUACUUCCGGUCCUCCUUCAACUGCUUCGACUUUGGGGUCAUUGUGGGGAGCAUCUUUGAAGUGGUCUGGGCUGCCAUAAAACCAGGAACCUCCUUUGGGAUCAGCGUGCUGAGGGCACUCCGCUUGCUGCGGAUCUUCAAGGUCACAAAGUACUGGAACUCCCUGAGGAACUUGGUGGUGUCUCUGCUCAACUCCAUGAAGUCCAUCAUCAGCCUCCUCUUUCUGCUCUUCCUGUUCAUUGUGGUCUUUGCUCUCCUGGGGAUGCAGCUGUUUGGGGGACAGUUUAACUUCAAAGAUGAGACUCCAACGACCAACUUCGACACCUUUCCGGCUGCCAUCCUCACGGUCUUCCAGAUCCUAACAGGAGAGGACUGGAAUGCAGUGAUGUAUCAUGGGAUAGAAUCUCAAGGUGGAGUGAGCAAAGGCAUGUUCUCCUCCUUUUACUUCAUCGUCCUGACGCUGUUUGGAAACUACACCUUGCUGAAUGUCUUCCUGGCCAUCGCUGUGGACAACCUUGCCAAUGCCCAGGAGCUGACCAAGGAUGAAGAGGAGAUGGAAGAAGCAGCCAAUCAGAAGCUGGCUCUGCAGAAAGCCAAGGAAGUGGCUGAAGUCAGCCCCAUGUCUGCUGCCAACAUCUCCAUUGCUGCCAGGCAGCAGAGCUCGGCCAAGGCUCGCUCGGUGUGGGAGCAGCGGGCCAGCCAGCUUCGGCUGCAGAACCUGCGGGCCAGCUGUGAGGCGCUGUGCAGUGAGAUGGACCCGGAGGAGCGGAUGCGCUACGCAACCACGCGCCACCUAAGACCAGACAUGAAGACGCACUUGGACCGGCCUCUGGUGGUGGAACCACCAGGGCGGGAUGGCCCACGGGGUCCCAUGGGGGGCAAAGCCCGACCCGAGGGCACGGAGGUCACCGAGGGUGUAGACCCACCACGACGGCACCACCGACAUCGUGACAGGGACAAAGUUCCGGCUGUGGUCCCCGCAGUGGGCGAACAGGACAGGGCUGAUGCUGUGAAGGCGGAGAGUGUGGAACCUGGAGCACGGGAGGAGCGGGCACGUCCACACCGCAGUCGCAGCAAGGACGCGGCAGGUGCGCUGGAGUCCCGGAGCGAGCGCAGCAGGGGCCCUGGCCCUGAGGGCGGACGAAGGCAUCACCGGCGGGGCUCCCCGGAGGAGGCUGCUGAGCGCGAGCCCCGGCGCCACCGUGCUCACCGGCACGGUCCAGACCAGGGCAAGGAAGGCGUUGCACCUACUGCCAAGAGCGAGAGGCGCUUGCGGCACCGGGGCCCCCGGGCCGGUUCCAGGGAGGCAGAGAGUGGUGAGGAGCCUAUGCGACGGCACCGGGUGCGGCACAAGGUGCUGUCUGUUCGCGAGCCCACUGAAAAGGAGGCCGCAGAGAAGGAGGCUGCAGAGAAGGAGGGCGAGAUGGUGGAGGCGGACAAGGAGAUACGGAACCACCAGCCCAAGGAGCCUCACUGUGGCCUGGAGGCCAGUGGGGUGAUGGGCAUAGCCCCUGUGCACGUGCUACCCAGCACCUGUCUCCAGAAGGUGGAGGAACAGCCAGAAGAUGCAGACAAUCAGAGAAAUGUCACUCGGAUGGGCAUCGAAUCCUCAGACCCGAGCAGCACCUUACAUGUCCCAGUGACACUGGCAGGCCCUCCCGGGGAGACCACAGUUGCUCCCAGUGGUAACAUGGACCUGGAGAGCCAAGGAGAGGGGAAGAAGGAGGCAGAAGCUGAUGAUGUGCUGAGGAGUGGCCCCCGGCCCAUCGUCCCGUACAGCUCCAUGUUCUGUCUAAGCCCCACUAACCUGCUUCGCCGCUUCUGCCAUUACAUUGUCACUAUGCGGUACUUUGAAAUGGUCAUUCUUGUGGUCAUUGCCCUGAGCAGCAUCGCCUUGGCUGCUGAGGAUCCUGUGCGGACAGACUCUUCCAGGAACAAUGCUCUGAAGUACAUGGAUUACAUCUUCACAGGUGUCUUCACCUUUGAGAUGGUGAUGAAGAUGAUUGACUUAGGACUGCUGCUGCACCCUGGAGCCUACUUUCGGGACCUGUGGAACAUUUUGGAUUUCAUUGUGGUCAGUGGGGCCCUGGUGGCAUUUGCCUUCUCAGGAUCCAAAGGGAAAGACAUCAACACCAUCAAGUCCCUGAGAGUUCUUCGCGUCCUGCGGCCCCUCAAGACCAUCAAACGACUGCCUAAGCUCAAGGCUGUGUUUGACUGUGUGGUGAACUCCCUGAAGAAUGUGCUGAACAUCCUGAUCGUCUACAUGCUCUUCAUGUUCAUAUUUGCCGUCAUUGCAGUACAGCUCUUCAAAGGGAAGUUUUUCUACUGCACUGAUGAAUCCAAGGAGCUGGAGAGGGACUGCAGGGGUCAGUAUUUGGAUUAUGAAAAGGAGGAAGUGGAAGCUCAACCAAGGCAGUGGAAGAAAUACGACUUCCACUAUGACAACGUGCUCUGGGCCCUGCUCACACUCUUCACGGUGUCCACCGGAGAAGGGUGGCCCAUGGUGCUGAAACACUCCGUGGAUGCCACCUAUGAAGAGCAGGGUCCAAGCCCUGGGUUUCGCAUGGAGCUAUCCAUCUUCUAUGUGGUCUACUUUGUGGUCUUCCCCUUCUUUUUUGUCAACAUCUUUGUGGCCUUGAUCAUCAUCACCUUCCAGGAGCAGGGGGACAAGGUGAUGUCUGAAUGCAGCCUGGAGAAGAAUGAGAGGGCCUGCAUUGACUUUGCCAUCAGCGCCAAGCCCCUGACACGGUAUAUGCCCCAAAACAAGCAGUCGUUCCAGUAUAAGACGUGGACGUUUGUGGUCUCCCCCCCCUUCGAGUACUUCAUCAUGGCCAUGAUAGCCCUCAACACAGUAGUGCUGAUGAUGAAGUUCUACGAUGCGCCUUAUGAGUAUGAGCUGAUGCUGAAGUGCCUGAACAUGGUGUUCACCUCCAUGUUCUCCCUGGAGUGUGUGCUGAAGAUCAUCGCCUUUGGGGUGCUGAACUAUUUCAGAGAUGCCUGGAAUGUCUUUGACUUUGUCACUGUGUUGGGAAGUAUUACUGAUAUUUUGGUAACAGAGAUUGCGAACAACUUCAUCAACCUCAGCUUCCUUCGCCUCUUCAGAGCUGCGCGGCUCGUCAAGCUGCUGCGCCAGGGCUACACCAUCCGCAUCCUGCUGUGGACCUUCGUCCAGUCCUUCAAGGCGCUGCCCUAUGUGUGCCUCCUCAUUGCCAUGCUGUUCUUCAUCUACGCCAUCAUCGGCAUGCAGGUGUUUGGAAACAUUGCCUUGGACGACGACACCAGCAUCAACCGGCACAAUAACUUCCGCACAUUCUUACAAGCCCUGAUGCUGUUGUUCAGGAGUGCCACGGGGGAGGCCUGGCAUGAAAUCAUGCUGUCUUGUCUGAGCAACCGGGCCUGUGACCCAGAUGCCAAUGCCAGUGAGUGUGGGAGUGACUUUGCCUACUUCUACUUCGUGUCCUUCAUCUUCCUUUGCUCCUUCCUGAUGUUAAAUCUAUUUGUGGCUGUGAUCAUGGACAACUUUGAGUACCUAACGCGAGACUCUUCCAUCCUUGGGCCUCACCACCUGGACGAGUUCAUCCGGGUCUGGGCUGAGUACGACCCAGCUGCGUGUGGGCGCAUCAGUUACAAUGACAUGUUUGAGAUGCUGAAGCACAUGUCCCCGCCUCUGGGGCUGGGGAAGAAGUGCCCUGCUCGAGUUGCGUACAAGCGCCUGGUUCGCAUGAACAUGCCCAUCUCCAGUGAGGACAUGACUGUGCACUUCACAUCCACGCUGAUGGCCCUCAUUCGAACUGCACUGGAGAUCAAGCUGGCCCCAGCUGGGGCAAAGCAGCACCAGUGUGAUGCAGAGCUGAGGAAGGAGAUCUCCUCUGUUUGGGCCAAUCUGCCCCAGAAGACCUUGGACUUGCUGGUGCCACCCCACAAGCCUGAUGAGAUGACGGUGGGGAAAGUCUAUGCAGCGCUGAUGAUAUUCGACUUCUACAAACAGAACAAAACCACAAGAGAUCAGAUUCACCAAGCUCCAGGAGGCCUAUCCCAGAUGGGCCCCGUGUCCCUGUUCCACCCUCUGAAGGCCACCCUGGAGCAGACGCAGCCAGCCGUACUCCGAGGAGCUCGGGUUUUCCUUCGGCAGAAGAGCUCUACGUCCCUCAGCAAUGGUGGGGCCAUACAAACUCAAGAGAGUGGCAUCAAGGAGUCCGUGUCCUGGGGCACUCAGAGGACCCAGGAUGCACUUUAUGAGGCUAGGGCACCCCUGGAACGUGGCCACUCAGCAGAGCUCCCUGUGGGGCAGCCAGGAACACUGGCUGCGGAUGUACAGAUGCAGAACAUGGCACUGAGGGGUCCUGAUGGGGAGCCCCAACCUGGGCUGGAGAGCCAGGGCCGGGCUGCCUCCAUGCCCCGCCUGGCAGCAGAAACACAGCCGGCCCCUGAUGCCAGCCCCAUGAAGCGCUCCAUCUCCACGUUGGCCCAGCGCCCACACGGGGGCCACCUCUGCAACACCACCCUGGACCGCCCUCCCCCCAGCCAGGCACCACAUCACCACCACCAUCGCUGCCACCGCCGUAGGGACAAAAAGCAGAGGUCCCUGGAGAAGGGGUCCAGCCAGCAUGCCGACACAGAUGGCGCACCAAACAGCACGGCAGGGCCCAGCCUGCCCCCAGGAGAGGGGCCCACAGGCUGCCGGCGGGAACGGGAACGCAAGCAGGAGCGAGGCCGGUCCCAGGAGAGGAGGCAGCCCUCGUCCUCUUCCUCAGAGAAGCAGCGCUUCUACUCCUGUGACCGCUUUGGAGGCCGUGAGCACCCUCAGCCCAAGCCCUCCCUCAGCAGCCACCCCACGACCCCAACAGCAGGGGAGCCGGGACCCCCACCACAGGGUAGUGGUUCAAUUAACGGGAGCCCCUUGCUGUCAACAUCUGGUGCUAGCACCCCAGGCCGAGGUGGGCGGAGGCAGCUCCCCCAGACACCCCUGACUCCCCGCCCCAGCAUCACCUACAAGACGGCCAACUCCUCCCCUGUCCACUUUGCUGGGGCUCAGAGUGGCCUCCCGGCCUUCUCCCCUGGCCGGCUCAGCCGUGGGCUUUCUGAACACAAUGCUUUGCUCCAGAGAGACCCCCUGAGCCAGCCCCUGGCUCCAGGCUCUCGCAUCAGCUCUGACCCUUACCUGGGGCAGCGCAUGGACAGCGAGGCCUCUGCCCACACCCUGCCUGAGGACACACUCACCUUUGAGGAGGCCGUGGCCACCAACUCAGGCCGCUCCUCCAGGACUUCCUAUGUGUCUUCCCUGACCUCUCAGUCCCACCCUCUCCGCCGUGUGCCCAAUGGCUACCACUGCACUCUGGGACUCGGCACUGGCAGCCGGGCGCGGCACAGCUACCACCACCCAGACCAAGACCACUGGUGCUAGCUGCACGGAGACCAUGCUCCUCAAUGCGGCAGGCACCUGCGGGUUCCCGUUGAUGAGUUUUAUCAUCCAUGCUGGGCUUCAGGGCCGCAGCCCUAGGAGGAGGGGCCGCCAUGCACCUCCUUGGUGGAGGCUCCCGUUCGUUCCUCUCUCCUUCUUCCUCUUUUACACUGGAUGGACUAAUAAAGCCCUUCUUAGAGGGACAUGGCUCUCUAACCCCUCGUGUUCUGCCUCCCUGGGUCUCAUGCCACACGUCAGAGCCUAAGCAGGGCAUGGCAGAGCUGAGACAGACCUGAUGGGUCCAAAUCCCAGGUCUUGGCCUCCAGCAUCCAGAGCAGGUGCCCAGAACCUCGUUGAGGAGGCCUGAGUCUCGUGGGGAGCACUCACAUCCCAAUGUGUGCUGGCGGGCCGGGCACGCCUGAGAGCGUGGAAAGGAGCCCAGCUGUGGCCGGCAGCGGGCCUCCUGCUCACACACUGCUGUUGCUCUUGCCACUGAACCGCAGAUGGCGUAGAGUCACACUCUAUCUAUCUGUCCCUGGACACUGCUGCCCCGCAGGGACUAAGUCUGGAGAAGGCACUUGCUGUCGGCGUCUGUUUGCAGCACCCUUCACUGUCAUUUCUGUAUACUUGAUCUGGAACAUAGAAAAGCAGGGGAGGAAAUGUUGACUUUAAAAACCAACCUGUAGGAAGGUCUCCGCUGUUGUGUGCUCCUGUGUGGACUCCCCCAGCUCGGUCCUUCCCCGGCCGCCCUGGCUCUACCGCUCGACCAAGUGCCUGACCUCUGGCUCCUGGCAUCACACGCUGGGCGAGUCCUCUGAACCAUCGGGUGGAUUGUGUGAAAACUGCUCAUAGUGGCCAACAGGUAGAAAGCUGGUGGUCCUGGACGACAGCAGCACAUCACAAUUGGUGACAGGUGACUGCCCCAUGAACCUCCCGCAGUGAGGAGGUUCUAGGAAGCCGCGGAGCUGCAGGGCAUGUACUUGAGUGAGGCGCUUUCAGUCUGUUCUAUGUCUGAUUCUCAGGGACGGAUGCCUGCGAAGGAGGGCGUGAUCUCUGUGUGUGAAGUUUUCACCGAAGGCUGAGGAGACUGAAGGGCCAGUGGGGAGGGGGAGACUUGACUGAGGGCUGUGUGUUGGGCCAUCAGGCAGGAGGGAGCAAGUUGCCGGAGGGGACUGGCAGGGGAGAAGUGACUCCUGGGCUGAGGCUGGGUGUGCAAGCCCAGCAGGGGUCCCAACCCAAACAAAACCUGACCUCAUGGCCACUCUCCAAAGAGAAAGUGGCUCACCACUGGGCAUGUGUGGGUGAGUCCGUGGCCGUGUCCUCCGUGUCUUGAAACUUCAGAGGAUAUCUCUGGGACUUUUGGAUUCUACCCCAUGAGUCUCCUCAAAGAAGCUUUGUGGGUGUGUGUGUGUGUGCUCACAGGUGACAGGCGUGUGCAGGUGUGUCACUGAGUGGUGUCGACAACCAUAGGGCUAUGCAACAAAAGACACAUUCAAUAGAAACAAACACACAGGCCCACUGCCUGGUCUAGGGUUUCAGCAUGAUUGUGACCAAACCUUUUUAUAGAAUUUCCUUAUGUGAAGGCACAACACUCUGAAACUUAACAAUUAGCAGAAUAUUUUAUUCCAAUAGGAUAAAAUUAAGCAGGAAUCUUGGACUGUGCAUGUGACUCUGCACUUGUGUGGCAAGUAGAGGGCUGCGCAUUUUGAUACUGGUGUUUGUCUCUGUUCCUGCCCUAGCCCGUGUUCUUGGGUGCCGAAUGCACACAUUCCAUGUAGAACCACAGCUGUCUCUCUGGGCAGUCCUGGGUUAAGAGCCCUCUUUUCUAGACCCACACAACCUAGCUGGCUGGCCUGGAUCCUUCUAGGCAUUGGCAUUCAUGGCAGUUGCAAGGUGGGGGAGGGAGACAUCAGGGCUUGCCUUUUUGACUUCGGGUUUGUUUCUGUACUGUCUCUUUUCAAGCUAUCGUCUGUUUCCCUUGAAGUCUUACAGUGAGUUGCCAAAUUUGAAAUGCAUCAGCCAGCUGUCUGCAUCUGGAACCUGUCAAGCAGCAGCUGACCUUGAACAAGUCACGUGUGCAUGUAGAAUAUACACAUAUAUACGUUAUUCCAGUAUGUGCAUGAAGUGUAUAUCUUCCUACUUUUUGAUACAAUGUACUCAUUUGUUAAUUUUUAAUUAUAUUUGAUAUAAAUUGAAGGUUUGUUGCAAAACUUUAUAUUUAACAGCAGUGUUAGAGAGUGUGAGAGAGAGAGAGAGAGAGAGAGAGAGAGAGAGAGACCCAACCAUGGAACAUAACUGGUAUCUACUUAAAAAAAAAAAAAAGAAUCCUGUGAUUGACUUGUUUGCUGCCUGAGUAAUAUUUACAAGCCAAACUUUGGAUUCUGAUAUUGUUUCUACAAUGAUAUUUUGUAUGAAGCAAAGUCCUUGGAUUAAAAUAAAAACUUAGCAAAAAAAAAAAAAUAAAAAACAAAACCCCUGCCAUGCUGCCUGUGGUACAUGGGCACGUGUCUUGAUGCACCUAAUGGGCGGGGCACCCUGCCAGGAAGGCGCAGGAGAAAGUGCGACUUCUGGACCUGCCUAUGUAAGUGUGGCUGGGUUAGGGUGGGCGGAGGUCCUGGCCUCCACAGUGUGUGGACUGCCUUUCCCAGGGGCCUCCAGGCCCCCUUCGGAUCUCCACAUAUGGGUGAGUGGACACCUAUUGUCCCGGGCACAGGUGGAGAGCAUCCUGCAACUCCCAGAGACCCUGGGGGCUUUGCUCCCGAGCUGCAGUUUCUCCUCAUAGUGGUCUCUGGUUCUUACAUCCAAUUUCUUAAACCCAGGCUCCUGAAACAGGUGGUUUUCUUACUGCUUUUUCUUCUCUCUUUUCCCACUUCUGGUGAUAGCAGAGAUAAAUAUAGGCAUUUGUCAGUUCAAGGGCUGGGAACAGAUUUCAUCCAGUAACUACUGAGGUAGUGGAAGGAGCUAAGCUCCAUUCUCAUUUGUGUAGAGGUGGUUUGACAUUUUGAAGGGGAAAGUAGGGAGGAGAAGUGUUUGAGUUCAAGAGAGUCAACAAGGUAGAGAGGCAGAGGGUCAGUGUGUCACCAAAGGGAUCGAGGAGGCACUCCUGUGAGGACAGGUGAGACACAGCAAAGGUCUUAAGGGCAGCAAAGGUGUACGUACCCCACGGCAGAGUGUAUUGCCCGCCCCUCAGGGAGGAGACUGAGGCACGCCAAAGGUGAGCUCCCUGUGUGUGUGACUUUCCAGGGGAGAAAAGUGCAGGUCCUUAGGCUUCUUCAGGAUUCAGUCUCUCAACAGUCAUCCUGCAUUGAGUUCAGGAUGUUCCUCCUCUGUCGAAACAGUCCAGCCGUAAGUCAUCUGGGGGCAUGUUGUGCAAUUCUUUGAACCUGGAGACUUGUACAUUAAUAUGUUCGUGUUCUCAUCAAUUUGUUGCAAGCAUGCACUGAAAGUUUUGUUCAUCUUACCAAAGGUCUCCAUCUACUAGAGCCUCUCCUUCUCCCUCAGAGCCCACCUAUCUCAGUGCAUAUGCAGUUAGGCCAGCUGUUGCUGACAGUUGUCUGAGUAAGGAUUCUAGCUUCUACAAGCAUGAGGAGAUACCCCAUCCCCUUCUCAAUCACACUCCAAAGGAAUUGUUCUCAGAGGCCCUUCUGAGUUGCAAGAGAAACAUAUUUUCAGUUGCAAGCCCUUUUUAGUAAAUACUUCAAGAAGGGGAGGUCAGGGCCUGUCAUCUGGUGUGGGUUAGAACAUGGUAGGUUUUCCUGGCAGUGUUGAGCUUUCCUGAGGCAAAUGUUUUAAUGGAGGUGGUGGAGGUGGAAGUGUUGCUGGGGUCACCCUAAGCUACUUGAGCCUGGUAGGUUCACUUGGUGAAAACUCUUAGUGCCAGGGUUUGGGCCCAGUUGUCAUGUGCUCAGAGUUCUGCACUUCUCAUUGGGCCCCUGUGCCUUUAAGUGAUCUCUAGUGGUUGUUUACAAAGAAGGAAUGCAGUUCCAGGUGGUUUCACACAUUUUCUCUUCAGCAAUUUUUCUCCAUAGCAUCAUGCAUUCUGGGAUGUUCCAGUCUCACCCAUCCAAUCCAGCCAAUUCCCUUUAUUCUCAUAGGAAAAAUUAGUAAAGACAUUUCCAUACUUAUUCAGCUUGUUCUGUUAAGUAGAAGAGUUAAAUGUGGCCACGGCUUAGAAGAGUCUGACAGUGAAGCUCCGCGUGGAGGUAGUGUUGCACAGAAAUGACACUGCCCUCCCCACAGGCUCCUGCUCUGGCCGACAUGCGGAGCAGAGCUUUGCGCCCGUUCUAGAUCAUAGAAGACACCUGCUGCUGUGGGGUCCCUCAGAUGGUGAGCCAAGACACUCAGAGCCAUGGCCAAUGACAUUCCAGCUGCCACCCAGGGCGUUUGCUGGGCUGCUACUGCCGACUUCGAGCCCAGCAGGAAGGAGAUGCAGCUGGCUGCCCUCGGGACUUGACACUGGCCUGCCGCCACAGUAAUGGUCUGCUUUUCUUUAUUUUUGUAGAAAUUUCUCCUCAUUAAAUGGUGACUGCCAGCACCACCUAACAAAUACCCUCUGUGACCAAGUCCCGACACAGUUCAGUUUAUCCCUAAUAAAUAGAAAAUAACCAAUUGAGAAAAUGGACUUAACAUUUUCAAAGAAAAGAAUAUCUUCUCUUGAACAAGACAGGAAACGGACAGAGAUUCUCUGCCUGUCAAACUUCUAUCAGGUUCCAAACACUCUCCUGGGCCCAUCCGUGCGCGUCCGCCCUUCCUUGUACAAUCCAGUGCUCCAGAGCACAGCACAAGCUCCUCCUCAGUACCUUGUCUUCCUCCCUUUCUGGUUGGGUCUCUUGUCUUGACUGUCCCUGGUGAUGGCUGCUCACCCUCAUUCCAACAAGAAUACUAUGGGGUCAGUUUGGUCAGAGGCUCUCUCACGUUUCUGAUUGGUCAUUUCCACAGGCCCCAUUGCAAAGGUCUCUAUAUCUAUGUGAGAAUCCUGAAAACAGCUGCUCCCCUGCUUUAAAAAACAUCGCUGGGUACUUUUUCUAACACUGCGAGACAAGGGGUAGCACAGGUUGCCAGCAAACACCAGAAGCUGGAAGAGGAAGGAGGGACCCUUCCCGCAGUUUUCAGAGGGAGAUCAACCCUGCCAACACCUUGAUUUUAGAAUUCUGGCCUCCGAGUUGUGAGACAGUGUGCGUCUGUUUGAAGUGACACAUAUUUCAGGGCUUUGUGGCUGCCCUGGGAAACAAACACGCUGGCUGUCCCUGCACUCAGAUGUGGUCCUCCUCCCAGUCUACCUCGUUAGUCAUUCCAACACUGAGUGAGAGGAAUGGUGGGAAGACACUGACCCUGAGGACAGGGAGGUGCCAAGGGGAGUGGGCUUGGCACUGGAGGGCAGAGCUGGAAGACCCAGGGCAGCUGGGCUCAGGCAAGGUCAGGGUGGUGGGAAGAGCAGAGUCAGGUCCAUGGAACCAACUUGAUUUUAAGCACCCCAGCUCCCUUCUGAGUCUUGGCCCUUCCGUGCUGUGCCCUGGGACAUUUCAGUCUGAGCGCCUUGCUGUCACCUCAGGGAUGAGCAUCAGGUCCGAGACGGGAAGCUGAGCUCUUUCUUCCUCCAUGGGCAGCAAAGUCCUGAGUGCCAAACAUCACCUCCUUCUCCACACCCUCCGCUGCUCAACUUGUCUUCUGAGGAAAACUUCAGCACAUUUCAGUCCUGGCUCUGCUGGGGGGCGGGUUGGCGCUGAUUCCAGCCCCCUCCGGCAGCACAGGAAGGGCUGCAACGGGAGGAAGGAAGGCCCCUGUCCAGGCUGCAGGGAUGGCCCCGCUGUCCUCCCUGAGUUGGGCUGGAUCUCAACUGUGUGUGUGUGCUUUAAGAAAUACAGGAUCGCUCCAUUUCUUCUCAUAAUCUUUUUAAGAGAAGGUGUAUUUUUUCUCUCUUUCUAUAGAAGGAGUGUUAGAAGCUAGGAUUCCCUGGGAGGAAGGGGUGCAUUCCUUCCCUUACUGGCACCAGUUGUCAUGUGGUGGGCUCUGAUCCACACACGCACACAUGAAUGUGUGGACACGCAUGUGCAAGCACACAUGCAUACACAUACCCUCACAACUCCCCCCAACUGUUACACAUGCCAUGACAUACCAUGCACCUGUGUGUGCAUCACACACACACACACACACACACACACACGCCUGUCUGGCUUGCACCUCUGAGGCUGCGGAGUGGAGGAAGCCAGGAGAGGAGCCAGGAGAAGCCAAGGGAGGAACCUGGAAGCAGACAGAGGGAGCAUCACUUCGCAGGAGACCAGGGCGUCCCCCUCCUGAUCCACAUUUGUCUCAAACCCUAGACUUCUCUCCAGAGCCAGGAAUGGAUUUUCCAGGGGUUGAUUCUUGUGGGGACCUGAGCUGAGAAUGUGGGUUCUCUGGGCCCUCACUCUUCUGCCUUCAGAGACGGGGUAAUGGGGUCCAUGGCUGGGCUCUGGAUUUGUUUGCAGACGAAACAGGAGGCCACCCAACAGACACACAAACAAGGGGGUCAGUGUGGAACAGCAGCACACGUGACACUCCCCUGAGCCCUUCAGGAGCUGUCCCCUUUCCCUACCUUGUCAGUGUGGUGACAGCAGAUGUGGUUCAGCAUCCUCCGAAGCUCCCCAGCUCCCUCCACCUGUGGGCAGGGACAACCCUUUGGCCUGUCUCCAACACGUCAUGCAGAAGCCCUUCCCUCUUGAGAGGACACCCCAUUUUCAAGACUCUUACAAAAGUAUAAUCUGUAGCUCAAAACUGGGCACUUGACUCCCGACGAUGUCCCCCACUUUCCUGAGGCAGUGGACAGGAGUGUCAUGAGCCUAGGCAGUUGAGGACAGAGGCUGAGAAGGCUGGGGCUGUGGUUGGCCCUGGGCUGUCAUCUCUGUUGCAGGCACCAGUCCCUUCUCUGCAGGACCACGGUAGCUUCCAGCGGGCAUUCUGGAGUCGGGGUCCUGCUCUCUAGGAGAACAGAUGGAGGGUGUGGUGUGUGUGGUGCACUUGGCGGAAGCUCCUGGUCCCACUGAGGGAACAGAUACCAUUGGAGUUGAGGCUCUCUGGCUACACAGAGGCGUCUUGAUCGUGUCUCGUGUCCUUUGGGUGUAAGUGGG